UGGAACGCUGACUGCCUUCAAUGUGCGCAAGAAGGCCAUGGAGCUGCAGUCAGAGCUGUUCGACGACGACUUCUUAUCUCUCGCCAUACUCAAGAGGGGCCGCAAGGUGGUGGUGGGAGCGGGCGACGGGAGCCUCAACCUCUUCAACUGGGGCCAGUGGGGCAACAUGAGCGACCGGUUCCGGGGCAAGGGGGGCCAGGCCGUGGAGUGCCUCGCCCCCAUCUCCGAGAGCAUUCUCUGCACGGGCUCGGCAGACGGGAACAUCCGGGUUGCCAGCAUCCUGCCCAACCGCUACCUGGGGGUCAUUGGCUCGCACCAGAAGUUCCCCGUGGAGAGCCUGUCCGUGUCGCAGGACGGCGACCUGCUGGCCAGCUGCUCCCACGACCAGGCCGUCAAGUUCUGGAACGUGGCGGGGGUGCGGGACACCCGCGUCGACCCGGGCUCCAAGGGCAAGGAGGGAGACCGGUCGAAGAGCGUGGCGGGGGGGCCGUCCAAAAAAGGCAACUUCUUCGCGGGACUCGCAGAGUAGCGUGCGCGAGCCACGCUGCAACGUCGAGGAGAGGAUGAUCCAGCCCACAUUUCGGAUACGACGAGGCGACAGUGCCGUAUUUUCUUCGUCGUCCACCAGAUAUCAGAUUGCGGCAGAUUGGCAACGCCUCUCUAUACGGAGAAAUGACGCCGCCGUUCGACGAUUGCCGCGUGCUGUCUUGAAACGAUUCGGGCAGUGCUACUAGCAACGCAAAAGAGCGAAAAGUAAAUAGAAAAGAGUGUGCCGGGGAAGGAAGAAUGGCUUUGCUUUCAGAGCGCAGUGGAUGCCAAAGGUAGUCACCGAUCGAGCAAUGCCAAAAGUGCAGUGUCUUCUAGCGCAUUUUUCGUGGCUCGCCGACUCGAAUGCGGAAAGCAUACCAUGCCGGUGCUCUCUUUGUCCGUGUUUGCCCGUCUCGUUCCGGCAAACACAAACUCUUCUCCAGUUGGCAAGGGCGCCGGUUACAACUGAAAGCCGACGCAGCACUUGCGUCCAAUAUCUGCCGUAGGCUUGUCCUCGGUAGGAGACGUAGCCGAUACGGCACUGCGCCCCCGUCGCCUAGGAAGUUUUGAUCCACCCUUCUAGGUAUAUGUCCGAGGCGUCUCCCGAAGCGUGUUGUUUUUGUGUUCCAACGGUUCAUAAAUUAAGACUGUUUUUCAUA